AUGCUUCACUACGCUUCGUUUGUUGCCUAUUGGAUAGAUACGAGUUGUGGAAAACAUAUGUUAUUAAAUAGACUCCUUGCUUCUCUUCCCUUCAUGCGUUAUGCUUCUCCUAAAAUAGCUACAUCAUUGCUUCAAGAUGCAAUGUCUGGAGCUCCUUUGAAUGUUCCUGGAAGUGCACCUGGUUCUGGUCCUGGUACCACCAAUUCCUUACCUUCCAUGUUCCCAGCCGGAAGUGCUCCUCCACUUUCACAUAGAAGCUGCGGCUCACUGCGUAUUGAGUUAAAUAAAUAA